GGUACUGUUGCUAUAAGCGUGGGCCGGUUUGUGUCCUUUGUUCCCUCCCUGCACUAGUAGCAUCUACCUGCGCUGGCCCUUUAAGGGCAGAGUUCCAUCUGGGCGUGUUUCCUGCUGCCAUUGACACGAACGCCGAGCGAAUUUGGCAUCCUGCGGCUGGGCAAGCAGCGCACGCCAAUCAGCUAGUUUCUCUUGCCACGCAGCCGCUUGCCCGGCCAAGCGUGGACUUGUUUGUCAGCCGAGGGGGGGUCAAGGUUCGCUCCUCCACGGGUGGACUUACCGUGUUCUCAUUAUUUGCGGAGAGGGAGUGGAAAGGUCUGCAAUCAAGCGCCCGCGGAUGAACGCGUAAUUUCCUCCAGAAAGGGCGUCAAGGAUCCCGGUUUGAUGUCGGCGUCGUCGUGGGAAUGUGCUGCCGCAGAAAAAGACCGCAAACACCGCUGAUGACAAUGUGACUGCGAACCUUUCUCUGCCCCCCGUUUCCAUGCACUCUCUUUUUUUUAUUAUUUAUAUUUUUAAUUAAACCAUAGAACAUGCAGAAAUGUGUCACGUUGCUCAGUGAGUAACAUCUGCAGGAUUAUUAUUUUUUUUUUAAACGUAUCUGAAGCGUGCUCGUCAACAAGCGCCAUGUCGGCGGUGAUGAUCAGCAGGAAGGUGCGGAAAUGGGAGAAGCUUCCCGGCAAGAACACUUUUUGCUGCGACGGGCGAGUGAUGAUGGCCCGCCAGAAGGGCGUCUUCUACCUGACCCUCUUCCUCAUCAUCGGGACCUGCGCCCUCUUCUUCGCCUUCGAAUGUCCGUACCUGGCUGUCCACCUGUCCGCCGCCAUCCCGGUCUUCGCCGCCGCGCUCUUCCUCUUUGUCAUGGCCAUGCUACUCCGGACCAGCUUCAGUGACCCGGGGGUCCUUCCUCGGGCGCUGCCCGAGGAGGCCACGUUCAUUGAGAUGGAAAUCGAGGCGGCCAACGGGAACGUCCCCAGCGGGCAGCGCCCGCCGCCCCGCAUCCGCAACGUCGAGAUCAACAACCAGAUCGUCAAGCUCAAGUACUGCUACACGUGCAAGAUCUUCCGGCCCCCGCGAGCGUCCCACUGCAGCAUCUGCGACAACUGCGUCGACCGUUUCGACCACCACUGCCCGUGGGUGGGCAACUGCGUGGGCAAGAGGAACUACCGCUACUUCUACUUGUUCACGCUGUCACUCUCGCUGCUCACCAUUUACAUCUUCACCUUCGACAUCGUCCACGUGGUCAUGCGUUCAGUGGAUGAUGGCUUUUUGAGCACUUUGAAGGAAACACCUGGAACCGUGCUGGAGGUGCUGGUGUGUUUCUUCACGCUGUGGUCGGUAGUGGGCCUGACCGGCUUCCACACGUACCUGAUCUCGCUCAACCAGACCACCAACGAGGACAUUAAAGGAUCCUGGUCCGGGAAGAACCGGGUCCAGAACCCCUACAGUCAUAAGAACAUCUUGAAAAACUGCUGCGAGGUGCUUUGCGGGCCCACGUACCCGAGCGUCUUGGACAGAAGGGGCCUGAUGCGCGAAGACUCGCCCGUUUCCGCCUCGUCCGCUGCGCCAUCUUCCUCCUCCUCCUCCUCUUUUUCCUUCUCCAAUCACAGCAAGGCAGCGCCUCCGACCACGAAAACCAGAGCACCGCUCAUCCCGAACGAGCACACGCCCGACGACGCCGAUCCGGGCGCGGCCGGCCCGACGGAACACGACGGCGACCGCCCCCCCUCGUCCUUCGUCCCGCCUCUGGCCUCCCCCGAGACCGACGCCGAGGCCUCCGUCGCCAAGGACGCCAACCACUAGCCGCCCCUCCUCCGAGUCCCGCCCCGGGCAGGGAACUCUCCUCAUAAACCCGAGUCCGGAGCGAUUUCACGGAACGCUCUCCUUGACGAGUCUCACCGGGGGAGGGGGGUGAAAAAAAAUAAUUUCUGCAUGAGAAAACCCACAAGAGCGCCGAUCGGAUGACUUUUGCGUCCGAACCUCGUAUCAACUUUAAACCUGAGCGGCCGGCGUCACGCGUCAACCCUCAUUCAGUAGCGUCCCCCCCCCCCCCCUCUCGGCCCCCCCUUUGCAUUGUGCACACACGCUCUAUGCAAAUCCACACGGCUGGACGAGCGGCGCUCGCGCGUAGCUGAGGCGUCCUGACGACUCCGGACAGGCAAGUUCAACGUUUUCAUUUUUAUAUUUUGUCAACUGCUGCAUUCAGUACUGUUACUAGCGAUGGAAAUGCCCGUCUUUCUUUCCUUCCUUUCUUUCUUUGUUUUUAUAUACAUAAUAGUUCAAGGGGUGUAUAAUAUUCUGUGACAUUGGCUUACCUUCCGCACGAUAUACAUUAUCUUCACCGUUUUGUAAGUGUGCGCGCGCUAGCUCGUAGCAACUGUGCCUUAAAAUGGACGCAACAGAUGUCUGCAAACAGUGUUAAAUUAAAAAAAACGCCAUCUAAACUCUUCGAUGAGAUACCCGCAAACACUUUCAGGUGACAUUUUGAGACGAACGCAAAAUACCAUGUGUAACCUUCACAAGUCCUUUCAUUUGGACUUUUGAAGGCGCAACUGCUCAACGUCGCCGAAAGAGCAUUUUUCGUCCGGCCCGAAAUUUCACCGCAACGUCGAACACCCCCCCCCCUGAACUUUUUCGGCGUCGUUUUUAUGAGCUUUUAAUAUUUACUUUCUUGCUGAGAGUCGCUGUGAAGAAUGAGAUUCGUAUCCUCAGGUUCACAGGCGCGGGGAUCGUAGUUAGCUUAGCAUAGCGUACAUUUGAGCGCAAGAGCGAGGCUAAAAAGUUUUAAAAGACUGCAGGCGAGUGCACACGAGAGGAAAUAACGCUGCGUAAUCACAUCUGACACGCUGCUCUUUCCCGUUGGAAAUAUUGCCGAUAGAAAUAACCCGUCACAUACGGGUUUUUGCUCCCGGUCCCCAAACUGGUAGCAGCUUAAACAGGAGGUUCUGGCCAGCCCGAUCGCAAUUCAAUAAAUCCUGCUGAAUUUGGACCGAAUGUUGUGAAUACUCGACUUGGCGACGACUUCACUGGACUAAAAUCAUCAUCUGUGUAAUCUUAGUACCCAAAUUGGAGCCUUAUCGUUCGCGUCGAAGCUGCUCGGCCUAAGUUAGCCUAGCCCUGAUCGCUAACAACAAAACGUGUUUGUAUUCUAAUAUUUAACAUCAAAUGUUAGUACCAACACGACCGAAAAAAAAACUAUAUUUCGUUUACAAGGCCUGAAUCGUCAAUAUCUAGUAGUAAAGUGACAGGUGGGCUAAUCGGUUCACCCGCUCGCGGUCGGAUUAAGACCGGCUAGGCUAAAGCUAACAGAGUCGCUCCGUCCCAACUCUCAGGAAGAAACCCAACGAAAUUAAGUAAUUUCUUCAGGCCUGAAUCGUCAAUGUGGAGUAGUUAAGUGACUCGUGGGCUAAUCGGUUUACUUGCUCGCGGUUGGCUUAAGACCGGCUAGGCUAAAGCUAAUGGAGUCGAUCCGUCCAAAAACUCUCAGCAAGAAACCCAACGAAAUUAAGUAAUUUCUUCAGGCCUGAAUCGUCAAUGUGGAGUAGUUAAGUGACUCGUACGCUAAUCGGUUCACCCGCUCGCGGCGGCUUAAGACCGGCUAGGCUAAAGCUAAUGGAGUCGAUCCGUCCAAAAACUCUCAGCAAGAAACCCGACAAAAUUAAGUAAUUUCUUCAGGCCUGAAUCGUCAAUGUGGAGUAGUUAAGUGACUCGUGGGCUAAUCGGUUUACUUGCUCGCGGUUGGCUUAAGACCGGCUAGGCUAAAGCUAAUGGAGUCGAUCCGUCCAAAAACUCUCAGCAAGAAACCCAACAAAAUUAAGUAAUUUCUUCAGGCCUGAAUCGUCAAUGUGGAGUAGUUAAGUGACUCGUACGCUAAUCGGUUCACCCGCUCGCAGCGGCUUAAGACCAGCUAGGCUAAAGCUAACAGAGUCAGUCCGUCCAAAAACUCUCAGCAAGAGAUCCAACGAAAUUAAAUAAUUUCUUCAGGCCUGAAUCGUCAAUGUGGAGUAGUUAAGUGACUCGUGGGCUAAUCGGUUUACUUGCUCGCGGUUGGCUUAAGACCGGCUAGGCUAAAGCUAAUGGAGUCGAUCCGUCCAAAAACUCUCAGCAAGAAACCCAACGAAAUUAAGUAAUUUCUUCAGGCCUGAAUCGUCAAUGUGGAGUAGUUAAGUGACUCGUACGCUAAUCGGUUCACCCGCUCGCAGCGGCUUAAGACCAGCUAGGCUAAAGCUAACAGAGUCAGUCCG